AGCAAAUUUUCAAUGUCAAUAUUAAUUUGUUUAGUUUUACUAAUUUUGGUUGUAUAAAAGCUGAGCGAAUCCAAUGUUGAAGCAUCAAUCUCAAUUCGAUAUUCAUAGCAAACAGUUAAACAGGAAACAGUAAAAAAUGAAGUUCACCAUCACCGUAUUGGCACUCAUAGGUUGCGUCGCUGCCGACGUCUCCCAUUUAUCCGGCUCUUACUUGCCACCAGCACAGCCUCAACCACAGUAUUUACCACCCGCUCCAGAGCCACAGUACUUGCCUCCUUCCCAACCGCAACCACAGUACUUACCUCCCGCAGCACCUCAACCACAAUAUCUGCCUCCUGCUCAGCCUCAGCCACAAUACUUGCCUCCUGCUCAACCCGAGCCGCAAUACUUUACACCUGCAGCACCACAACCUCAAUACUUGCCUCCCGCACCCCCACAACCCCAGUACUUGCCUCCCGCUGCACCUCAACCUCAAUACUUGCCUCCUGCUCAGCCACAACCACAAUACCUACCUCCUGCCGCUCCAGCACCUGAGUACUUGCCACCUGUCGACACACCAGUCUCAGAGGAUGGUUACCACUACAGAACCGUGAAGAAGUACCGUUUGAGAAGCCACUAAACUCGUGGUUUUCUGGAAUGUGAAGAAGGAGUUGUUAAGGAUUUUGUUACAGGGCUUCAUUGUCGCUUCUAAUCUACACAUGGAAUACAUACAUAUUGUUGUUAAUUAUUUUCUAAAAUCUAACGAAUUUAUGCAUUAAAUUUAUAAGCAAAAAAUA